AUGUCGUUCAAAGCGGCACUUUACCGACUCUCGGAUGCAACGGAGCUGGUACCCUUGGAAGAUAAAGCAUUCUGGUCUGCAUAUUGGACCUUGCCUGUUUCUGCAGAUACGAUAUUCUCAUCUGUUUCGUCUAAUGACAUCCGCUACAUCCGCGAUUCGAACCUCGGCAACUUCUGCAACUUGUUGAGAGCAUUGAGCUUUCACGUAAUACAUCUCGCGAGCAAAAAAUCGGUACCGCUAAAUGCGUUCCCCACAAAGGAGAUUUUAACAUCGGUGAGGAUCCUCACGAAACUCAUGCCGUAUCUUUACGAGAUGGAAACACUCAUCCCGGUUGAAAGAGAGAUCUUUUGGACUCUCAACAAUGCACCGGCCAGCUUAGUCAAGGCGGACUCUCCGGCCGAUUGCACAUCAACUUCAGCUACUGUUGGAACUGCAUCGCCCGGACUGAGCAGCUCGGAUGAUCCUUCUUCUUCUGAUUCCACGAAGGUUAACGUUGACUUCAAACAGAAAUCCUCCUCCUCAAACGAGUCCACAAAAGCUCGCUUCGACAACCAGACAGCCUCCCAGCUACAUCCACUUGGCCCACAGCUCAUCCUGGCUGCCAUUAACCUUCUUUUCACGGCCGGAUUUACAACUCCGCUGCCUGAUGGGGUGGAUAGUGCGUCUUACGCGAUGAAUAAUGUUGAUUUUACACUCUGGGAAGACGGCAUAGGCUCGCAAACUGUUGCCAGUGGGUCGGCCGGUUCACAAUAUGAACCCCCAUCUAUAGAUUUAGACACCCAUCGGCUCGAGUUGAUCCGCUUACUGCUCUCUUUAUGCUCACAGUGUGUUUAUGAGACGGUUCCCACAAUUGUGGCAGAGGGAUCGCCGUUUUUGAGCUUUCUGGUGUCCUCAGUGCCGAAAUUGCAGCUUCUCGCACUUCUUUCGUCACUAAUAAACGUUGCCUGCAGGUCGGCACGCACUAAUUCUACAUCCAUCACGAACGAAAACGGACUCAUCUUCGAGAUUGCCGACUACAGGGAGCUCCGAAGCCUCUUUGUGGCGAAUUCCAUGCAGCUUUUGUGCCUCAUGCUGAUCUAUCCGCUCCCUAAGCAGCAUGCAAAAUACGUUUCGGGUACUUCUAACCUUGCCAGAUACUACUGCGGACGCAUUUACAAAGUCGAGGAGGUUGUUUUGCUCGCAGAGGGGUUUCUCCGGCCCCUGAUAAGGCCGAUAAGCCCAGAUCCAAACAGUUCGACGUUUUCCAACUGGAUGAAGUCGAAGUUGGCGGCAUCGAACUCGGCAGUGUGGAAUACGGAGCAGAUUGUUCUUUUCUGGGAGUUCUACCAGUGCAACAAACGGUUCCGGACGUUUGUGGCAGCGAAGUAUGCGCCACAGUUGAUUCUGGCCUUGUUGUACAACGUGUGGGUGUUCAAGAACGAGAAAAAGCAGCGCAACUUUGUCCGUUUGUCGCUCUACUUGAUGCUUUUCUUGAGUUCCGAGCCCUACAUCUACAAGCAGCUGCUGACACCGAUAGAUGCACGAUUCUACAAAGGUCUUCCACAGAGUUUCAAGCUCUCAGUCCAUCCAACAACGUACAGGGACUUUCUGGUGAGCCAGAUUGGCAACAUCCUGUGCUCGGAUUGCAUGAAGUCGCUUUUCCCGACGCUCGUACAGCUCGUAUACGACUACAUCCCGCUGGCGACGUUGUGCACGCCGAAAAACGAGGUCAUCACGCAAAACCGCCGUUUUUCGCAAAAAGAACUCUCGGCAGGCUUGUGUCCACCGCUCGAACUUUCGUAUGCGGCCUGCUCGAGUGUCAUCCAGAUGAUAAACCGGCUCUCGGACAUCCACUUUUUGGCAAAAGACGUUUCCAAGCGCUUGGACUGGCUAGCAUUAGUCAUUAGGGCAGUGUGUCACACGAUCUGCCGGGCCCCAGACCACAGUUCGCUUCUCCUGUACGUUCUGGCGAAAAACCAGGGUGUUUUCCGCAACGUUAAGAGUGUAAUUGCAGAGCUUUCGAAGCAGCAGGAGGCCCAGGAAUUGGAAUCUGCCAGUGAGAGCAGUGAAACGGGUAAUGACGGUGACAAUUCCAGCGGAAACGGGCCCGGAAGCCGCGGAUCUCCCGAGAUAAGACCUCCUCUGGGAUUCCGGCGGCCCUCGCAGCUUUCUCUGCUUUCCAGGGUAUCCUCAGCCGUGUCUCAUGCAAGCAGCAGUGUUUAUUCGGCGGACGAUCUUAUUGGGGACCUCACGAUUGUCGAAAACGAGAUUGAAAACGAACGAAAGAGCACGGAAACGGGCGGGAGGGCCCCCCUGCAGACGCGUCGAUCGUCUGUCACCAGCAUCGCGUCGUCCUGGGGCGGUGCAGGCGUCGAUGGAGCCGGUUCCGGCGGGAAUAUCGAGGCUUCUCCCGGUGCCCGGGACGCAACCGAGUCACGAGGAGGCGCAGUAAACGACGUAGACCCGCUAGAUGAGGAUGUGGUGCGGCCAAAGCUGCCGGUGGGGAUGUCUGAGCGUGCCAAGUGCAAAAAGCCGUUGUUUGCAAGCCUAGAAACAACGUGGACUGCACACAAGGCACUGGAUAUCGUAUUGGGCAUGCUAGACUUCGUGCGAAGCCGGGUUCCAAUGGAUAUGGGCACUCUUAGUACUGCGGAUGUGGUGAAUAGGAUCGCAGCAUUGCCUACAGAUCAUUAUCUAGAUGGGCAGCACGUUUGUGACGAGUACUCGAGUGCCAAAACGUCGUUUGAGCCGCUCAAGUUCUCGUGGUCCAGGCUUUCUCUAGGUUGGUAUGAGGCGAUUCUUUGGGGUUCCAUCUACACGAAUCACGGUUCAAGCAAGUCGAAGAGAUUCUUGGACGAGAUCAACUCGUCACUUACCACCAUCAAGCGGGUUUCUGCCAACUGGUGGUGGGGUUCCGGUACCGGGGGCAGUUCUUCAAGUGGCGAGUGCGAAAAACGAGUCGGUACGGGUCGAAAAAAUGGCCUUUCGAGAUCCAGCAGUGCCAACAGCGAUUCGAACCCGCCCACUGGAGAUUUCGCGCAGCUUGCCAUAAUAAGCAAUAAUUCCGGCCUCCGGCUCACCGAUGCCUCCGUGAAAAGAAUGGUGUCUGAAAGUUUGAUCCGCAGUGGGCCCUGGAGCGGCACAUCCGUGCACCUCUUCAAGGUCCACCACCGGGCCGUCUCUGGGGGGUCGCAGCGGCGGGUUAGUCGCGCGUCGAUCGACGCCAUUAGCGAGCCGUCCGCUGCCAGUUCAUGA